AUGCGCAGCUUCAACUCACUCUCCAAGUUGUUGAGCAAAUCUUCUUUGAACAAGAUUUCUUCAUCAUCAACAACACGUUUUUAUUCUUCAGAAAAGCCAUCCGGCUUCGGAAGUUUAAUUUCUGGUGUUCCAAAGGAACAAAUGUCUAGAACUGUUAGAAUUUAUAAGCCAACUAAAGUUGUUACUCAACAAGGUAUUUCUAAUACUCUCAAGUGGAAAUUGGAAUGGAAGAAACAAUCUGUUCACGGUGAAUUCUGGCAUGAUCCUUUGAUGGGUUGGAACGCUAGUAAUGACCCAUUGUUGACUACCUAUGUCUUUUUCAAUUCAAAGGAAGAUGCCAUCGAUUAUUGCAAGAGACAUGGUUAUAUUUAUGAAAUUGAAGAUCCAGAAGAUUCAAAGAACCUUGAAGAUUUGGGUGGAAAGAGUUAUUCUGAUAAAUUCAAGUACAGAAAGGAAGAAGAAGAAUGGUAAAUAGAAAAUGUACAACAAUGAUGGUUUUGGGCCACUUACACACAUCAAUUAAAAAAACAAUUAUAUU